AUGUUUGAGACGUGGGGUGUGUCUGUCUUGGGGUUGCCGCUCCCUGCGGUCUCCGCCCUCCUUCCAGCAAAUGGUUUGUUUUCCAAGCCCUGGAGAAUGGGGCCCUUCAUCUCCCCCCUCUCCCCACUUCAAAUGCUUUUAAAAUUCUGCCCCAAAACCUCCUGGAAGAGGGCCAGCCGGCCCCAGGGGAGAAAAAACCAAAGACGGGAUUCUUUCCUUUCCUUGGCUUUGUCCAAGGCAGAGAGGCCACGGUGCAAUCUUGAAUUCUCUCGCUGCCGCAAUCUGCGCAGCUCCUGGUUCCAAGAUGGGAUCAGAAGUUUGGGAUGUCGCAGCCUUCUUUCCUUGCUUUUCAGAGACUAUUUUAAUGAUCUGUAUUUAGAUAUGCACACCUAUUUCAGAGUUCAAGCUUCGGAAGAUGGCAUGCGGUCGAGCUAA